AUGCAUAGUUACCUACAUGAAUCACUAUUUCUUAAAACAUCAUCAUCAUCAUCAUCAUCAUCAUCAUCAUCAUCAUCAUCAUCAUCAUCAUCAUCAUCAUCAUCAUCAUCAUCAUCAUCAUCAUCAUCAUCAUCAUCAUCAUCAUCAUCAUCAUCAUCAUCAUCAUCAUCAUCAUCAUCAUCAUCAUCAUCAUCAUCAUCAUCAUCAUCAUCAUCAUCAUCAUCAUCAUCAUCAUCAUCAUCAUCAUCAUCAUCAUCAUCAUCAUCAUCAUCAUCAUCAUCAUCAUCAUCAUCAUCAUCAUCAUCAUCAUCAUCAUCAUCAUCAUCAUCAUCAUCAUCAUCAUCAUCAUCAUCAUCAUCAUCAUCAUCAUCAUCAUCAUCAUCAUCAUCAUCAUCAUCAUCAUCAUCAUCAUCAUCAUCAUCAUCAUCAUCAUCAUCAUCAUCAUCAUCAUCAUCAUCAUCAUCAUCAUCAUCAUCAUCAUCAUCAUCAUCAUCAUCAUCAUCAUCAUCAUCAUCAUCAUCAUCAUCAUCAUCAUCAUCAUCAUCAUCAUCAUCAUCAUCAUCAUCAUCAUCAUCAUCAUCAUCAUCAUCAUCAUCAUCAUCAUCAUCAUCAUCAUCAUCAUCAUCAUCAUCAUCAUCAUCAUCAUCAUCAUCAUCAUCAUCAUCAUCAUCAUCAUCAUCAUCAUCAUCAUCAUCAUCAUCAUCAUCAUCAUCAUCAUCAUCAUCAUCAUCAUCAUCAUCAUCAUCAUCAUCAUCAUCAUCAUCAUCAUCAUCAUCAUCAUCAUCAUCAUCAUCAUCAUCAUCAUCAUCAUCAUCAUCAUCAUCAUCAUCAUCAUCAUCAUCAUCAUCAUCAUCAUCAUCAUCAUCAUCAUCAUCAUCAUCAUCAUCAUCAUCAUCAUCAUCAUCAUCAUCAUCAUCAUCAUCAUCAUCAUCAUCAUCAUCAUCAUCAUCAUCAUCAUCAUCAUCAUCAUCAUCAUCAUCAUCAUCAUCAUCAUCAUCAUCAUCAUCAUCAUCAUCAUCAUCAUCAUCAUCAUCAUCAUCAUCAUCAUCAUCAUCAUCAUCAUCAUCAUCAUCAUCAUCAUCAUCAUCAUCAUCAUCAUCAUCAUCAUCAUCAUCAUCAUCAUCAUCAUCAUCAUCAUCAUCAUCAUCAUCAUCAUCAUCAUCAUCAUCAUCAUCAUCAUCAUCAUCAUCAUCAUCAUCAUCAUCAUCAUCAUCAUCAUCAUCAUCAUCAUCAUCAUCAUCAUCAUCAUCAUCAUCAUCAUCAUCAUCAUCAUCAUCAUCAUCAUCAUCAUCAUCAUCAUCAUCAUCAUCAUCAUCAUCAUCAUCAUCAUCAUCAUCAUCAUCAUCAUCAUCAUCAUCAUCAUCAUCAUCAUCAUCAUCAUCAUCAUCAUCAUCAUCAUCAUCAUCAUCAUCAUCAUCAUCAUCAUCAUCAUCAUCAUCAUCAUCAUCAUCAUCAUCAUCAUCAUCAUCAUCAUCAUCAUCAUCAUCAUCAUCAUCAUCAUCAUCAUCAUCAUCAUCAUCAUCAUCAUCAUCAUCAUCAUCAUCAUCAUCAUCAUCAUCAUCAUCAUCAUCAUCAUCAUCAUCAUCAUCAUCAUCAUCAUCAUCAUCAUCAUCAUCAUCAUCAUCAUCAUCAUCAUCAUCAUCAUCAUCAUCAUCAUCAUCAUCAUCAUCAUCAUCAUCAUCAUCAUCAUCAUCAUCAUCAUCAUCAUCAUCAUCAUCAUCAUCAUCAUCAUCAUCAUCAUCAUCAUCAUCAUCAUCAUCAUCAUCAUCAUCAUCAUCAUCAUCAUCAUCAUCAUCAUCAUCAUCAUCAUCAUCAUCAUCAUCAUCAUCAUCAUCAUCAUCAUCAUCAUCAUCAUCAUCAUCAUCAUCAUCAUCAUCAUCAUCAUCAUCAUCAUCAUCAUCAUCAUCAUCAUCAUCAUCAUCAUCAUCAUCAUCAUCAUCAUCAUCAUCAUCAUCAUCAUCAUCAUCAUCAUCAUCAUCAUCAUCAUCAUCAUCAUCAUCAUCAUCAUCAUCAUCAUCAUCAUCAUCAUCAUCAUCAUCAUCAUCAUCAUCAUCAUCAUCAUCAUCAUCAUCAUCAUCAUCAUCAUCAUCAUCAUCAUCAUCAUCAUCAUCAUCAUCAUCAUCAUCAUCAUCAUCAUCAUCAUCAUCAUCAUCAUCAUCAUCAUCAUCAUCAUCAUCAUCAUCAUCAUCAUCAUCAUCAUCAUCAUCAUCAUCAUCAUCAUCAUCAUCAUCAUCAUCAUCAUCAUCAUCAUCAUCAUCAUCAUCAUCAUCAUCAUCAUCAUCAUCAUCAUCAUCAUCAUCAUCAUCAUCAUCAUCAUCAUCAUCAUCAUCAUCAUCAUCAUCAUCAUCAUCAUCAUCAUCAUCAUCAUCAUCAUCAUCAUCAUCAUCAUCAUCAUCAUCAUCAUCAUCAUCAUCAUCAUCAUCAUCAUCAUCAUCAUCAUCAUCAUCAUCAUCAUCAUCAUCAUCAUCAUCAUCAUCAUCAUCAUCAUCAUCAUCAUCAUCAUCAUCAUCAUCAUCAUCAUCAUCAUCAUCAUCAUCAUCAUCAUCAUCAUCAUCAUCAUCAUCAUCAUCAUCAUCAUCAUCAUCAUCAUCAUCAUCAUCAUCAUCAUCAUCAUCAUCAUCAUCAUCAUCAUCAUCAUCAUCAUCAUCAUCAUCAUCAUCAUCAUCAUCAUCAUCAUCAUCAUCAUCAUCAUCAUCAUCAUCAUCAUCAUCAUCAUCAUCAUCAUCAUCAUCAUCAUCAUCAUCAUCAUCAUCAUCAUCAUCAUCAUCAUCAUCAUCAUCAUCAUCAUCAUCAUCAUCAUCAUCAUCAUCAUCAUCAUCAUCAUCAUCAUCAUCAUCAUCAUCAUCAUCAUCAUCAUCAUCAUCAUCAUCAUCAUCAUCAUCAUCAUCAUCAUCAUCAUCAUCAUCAUCAUCAUCAUCAUCAUCAUCAUCAUCAUCAUCAUCAUCAUCAUCAUCAUCAUCAUCAUCAUCAUCAUCAUCAUCAUCAUCAUCAUCAUCAUCAUCAUCAUCAUCAUCAUCAUCAUCAUCAUCAUCAUCAUCAUCAUCAUCAUCAUCAUCAUCAUCAUCAUCAUCAUCAUCAUCAUCAUCAUCAUCAUCAUCAUCAUCAUCAUCAUCAUCAUCAUCAUCAUCAUCAUCAUCAUCAUCAUCAUCAUCAUCAUCAUCAUCAUCAUCAUCAUCAUCAUCAUCAUCAUCAUCAUCAUCAUCAUCAUCAUCAUCAUCAUCAUCAUCAUCAUCAUCAUCAUCAUCAUCAUCAUCAUCAUCAUCAUCAUCAUCAUCAUCAUCAUCAUCAUCAUCAUCAUCAUCAUCAUCAUCAUCAUCAUCAUCAUCAUCAUCAUCAUCAUCAUCAUCAUCAUCAUCAUCAUCAUCAUCAUCAUCAUCAUCAUCAUCAUCAUCAUCAUCAUCAUCAUCAUCAUCAUCAUCAUCAUCAUCAUCAUCAUCAUCAUCAUCAUCAUCAUCAUCAUCAUCAUCAUCAUCAUCAUCAUCAUCAUCAUCAUCAUCAUCAUCAUCAUCAUCAUCAUCAUCAUCAUCAUCAUCAUCAUCAUCAUCAUCAUCAUCAUCAUCAUCAUCAUCAUCAUCAUCAUCAUCAUCAUCAUCAUCAUCAUCAUCAUCAUCAUCAUCAUCAUCAUCAUCAUCAUCAUCAUCAUCAUCAUCAUCAUCAUCAUCAUCAUCAUCAUCAUCAUCAUCAUCAUCAUCAUCAUCAUCAUCAUCAUCAUCAUCAUCAUCAUCAUCAUCAUCAUCAUCAUCAUCAUCAUCAUCAUCAUCAUCAUCAUCAUCAUCAUCAUCAUCAUCAUCAUCAUCAUCAUCAUCAUCAUCAUCAUCAUCAUCAUCAUCAUCAUCAUCAUCAUCAUCAUCAUCAUCAUCAUCAUCAUCAUCAUCAUCAUCAUCAUCAUCAUCAUCAUCAUCAUCAUCAUCAUCAUCAUCAUCAUCAUCAUCAUCAUCAUCAUCAUCAUCAUCAUCAUCAUCAUCAUCAUCAUCAUCAUCAUCAUCAUCAUCAUCAUCAUCAUCAUCAUCAUCAUCAUCAUCAUCAUCAUCAUCAUCAUCAUCAUCAUCAUCAUCAUCAUCAUCAUCAUCAUCAUCAUCAUCAUCAUCAUCAUCAUCAUCAUCAUCAUCAUCAUCAUCAUCAUCAUCAUCAUCAUCAUCAUCAUCAUCAUCAUCAUCAUCAUCAUCAUCAUCAUCAUCAUCAUCAUCAUCAUCAUCAUCAUCAUCAUCAUCAUCAUCAUCAUCAUCAUCAUCAUCAUCAUCAUCAUCAUCAUCAUCAUCAUCAUCAUCAUCAUCAUCAUCAUCAUCAUCAUCAUCAUCAUCAUCAUCAUCAUCAUCAUCAUCAUCAUCAUCAUCAUCAUCAUCAUCAUCAUCAUCAUCAUCAUCAUCAUCAUCAUCAUCAUCAUCAUCAUCAUCAUCAUCAUCAUCAUCAUCAUCAUCAUCAUCAUCAUCAUCAUCAUCAUCAUCAUCAUCAUCAUCAUCAUCAUCAUCAUCAUCAUCAUCAUCAUCAUCAUCAUCAUCAUCAUCAUCAUCAUCAUCAUCAUCAUCAUCAUCAUCAUCAUCAUCAUCAUCAUCAUCAUCAUCAUCAUCAUCAUCAUCAUCAUCAUCAUCAUCAUCAUCAUCAUCAUCAUCAUCAUCAUCAUCAUCAUCAUCAUCAUCAUCAUCAUCAUCAUCAUCAUCAUCAUCAUCAUCAUCAUCAUCAUCAUCAUCAUCAUCAUCAUCAUCAUCAUCAUCAUCAUCAUCAUCAUCAUCAUCAUCAUCAUCAUCAUCAUCAUCAUCAUCAUCAUCAUCAUCAUCAUCAUCAUCAUCAUCAUCAUCAUCAUCAUCAUCAUCAUCAUCAUCAUCAUCAUCAUCAUCAUCAUCAUCAUCAUCAUCAUCAUCAUCAUCAUCAUCAUCAUCAUCAUCAUCAUCAUCAUCAUCAUCAUCAUCAUCAUCAUCAUCAUCAUCAUCAUCAUCAUCAUCAUCAUCAUCAUCAUCAUCAUCAUCAUCAUCAUCAUCAUCAUCAUCAUCAUCAUCAUCAUCAUCAUCAUCAUCAUCAUCAUCAUCAUCAUCAUCAUCAUCAUCAUCAUCAUCAUCAUCAUCAUCAUCAUCAUCAUCAUCAUCAUCAUCAUCAUCAUCAUCAUCAUCAUCAUCAUCAUCAUCAUCAUCAUCAUCAUCAUCAUCAUCAUCAUCAUCAUCAUCAUCAUCAUCAUCAUCAUCAUCUCAUCAUCAUCAUCAUCAUCAUCAUCAUCAUCAUCAUCAUCAUCAUCAUCAUCAUCAUCAUCAUCAUCAUCAUCAUCAUCAUCAUCAUCAUCAUCAUCAUCAUCAUCAUCAUCAUCAUCAUCAUCAUCAUCAUCAUCAUCAUCAUCAUCAUCAUCAUCAUCAUCAUCAUCAUCAGCAUCAUCCACAUCAUCAUCAUCAUCAUCAUCAUCAUCAUCAUCAGCAUCAUCAUCAUCAUCAUCAUCAUCAUCAUCAUCAUCAUCAUCAUCAUCAUCAUCAUCAUCAUCAUCAUCAUCAUCAUCAUCAUCAUCAUCAUCAUCAUCAUCAUCAUCAUCAUCAUCAUCAUCAUCAUCAUCAUCAUCAUCAUCAUCAUCAUCAUCAUCAUCAUCAUCAUCAUCAUCAUCAUCAUCAUCAUCAUCAUCAUCAUCAUCAUCAUCAUCAUCAUCAUCAUCAUCAUCAUCAUCAUCAUCAUCAUCAUCAUCAUCAUCAUCAUCAUCAUCAUCAUCAUCAUCAUCAUCAUCAUCAUCAUCAUCAUCAUCAUCAUCAUCAUCAUCAUCAUCAUCAUCAUCAUAUCAUCAUCAUCAUUCAUCAUCAUCAUCAUCAUCAUCACAUACUUGUUCUUUUUACAAAUCAUUAUUAUUAA